AUGCUAGCAAACAACGUCCUUCUAAUUCAGCUAGUAAAGACUAUUCUACACUCUGUAGAUAUUGUGGAAGAGGACAUUGGAGCGAUGAAUGUCCAAAGUAUCGGUCGAUUGAACAGAGAAAGGGGUGAAAGAAACAGUCAUCACAGAAGUUUGUGUCACACCAAAUUUAAAAUAUCGAACUCUAGCACACAUAUAUCAGGGGAAGUAAAUAACGAGCAAGUAUAUGAUUGUGAUUCACCCGGAACUCCAUCGGAGAAUGGAAGUUCGCCGGAGAAUGUAUUAGUUUCAUCUGGAGAAAUGAUACUUAUGCAGACUGUUAAAACUAAAGUAAAUAACUGUCAAAGUGACAAAUCAGAAAAUGUCCGAAUACUGCUUGAUUCGGGAUCUCAACGUUCAUAUGUAUCAGAAUCAUUAGCGAAACGACUUGGCUUAAAGACAGAAGGUACCGAAGAAAUCCAUGUAAUGACUUUCGGUAGUGGUAGAUCAAAGAGUGUGAAAACAAAGAUCUCAUCUUUGCAAAUACAGUUGAGAAAUGGAGAACAUAUGAGCAUGUCUGUGAACAUUGUACCUAUUAUUAGCGGGUUUAUUCAAAGAAAACCUGUUGGACAGUUGUCAGAGAACGCAAACCAUAUACUCCAAUCUGUAGACUUAGCUGAUACAGUUGCAAAUGGAAACGGAUCUUGUGAAAUCGAGAUGCUACUAGGCAACGACUACUACUUAGAUAUCGUGUUGUGUCAGAAACUCGAGAUUCAACCGGGACUUUAUUUACUCAGCUCCAAGUGCGGGUGGAUACUAACCGGAAGAACUCAAAAAGUUGACGAAGACAGUUAUGAUGUCAAUAUGCUGAUCUUGACACAUUGUAGUUCUUUGGCGAAGACAUGUGCGUUCACAGGUGUUGAUAAUUUAUUGCCCGUUAAACCAAACUUAGAAGACUUCUGGAAAGUGGAGUCGAUUGGUGUAAUGGACAACCCAGAGAUGUCUAACGAUGAAAGGGCUAUGAAAAACUUUAGAAACACCUUGAAGUUUUCUCAAGGUAUAUAUCAAGUAACAUGGCCCUGGAAGGACGAAGAGCCACUUCUACCGAUUAAUCGCGAAUUAGCCUAUGGUAGACUUAAAUCUACUAUUUCAAAAUUGCAAAAGAAACCAGAACUCAUGAAAAUGUAUGGUGAUGUGAUCGACGAACAACUUAAGAAAGGGAUAAUUGAAGAGGUUGAUAAAAGAUUAUUUGUUGACGAUAGUGGACUUUUAAGAUUCCGAGGUCGACUUGAACAUUCGGAUCUCACAUUUGGUGCUAGAUAUCCAAUAUUACUUCAAAAAGGUGAUACGUUUACAAAACUGCAGAUACGGAAAACACAUGUAGAAUUGUUACACAGUGGUGUUUCUCAGACUCUCAGCAAAAUAAGGUACAACUAUUGGAUUGUCAGAGGUCGUGCCACAGUGAAAUCAGUAAUCAAAAAGUGUUACGUGUGCCGCCGCGUAGAAGGCGGGCCAUACAAGAUGCCGUUAAUGCCAUCUAUACCAAAGUCAUGCGUCUCAGAAUCUGCUCCAUUUACUCGAACAGGUCUUGACUACUUAGGUCCGUUAUUUAUCAAGACGCAAAAUGGUCCAAAAAAGAUAUGGGUAUGUUUAUUUACCUGUUUAGUAACCAGAGCGGUUCACUUGGAGAUAGCUGAAGAUAUGACUACAGGCGAAUUCCUAAUGGCAUUCAGAAGAUUUAUUUCACAGAGAGGAUCACCAGACAUUGUGAUAAGUGAUAAUGCGUUACAGUUUAAAGCUGCAAACAAAACGCUAGAAAAUGUUCUUCGAAACGUAGUACAUUCCGAAGAUGUUCAGAAUUAUGCUGCAAAUGCAAAUAUAAAAUGGAACUUUAUCGUUGAAGUUUCACCCUGGAUGGGAGGGUACUACGAGCGAUUGGUCGGACUGGUAAAACGAACUCUCCGGAAAACAGUCGGUCGUACUCUAGUUACAAACAUGCAAAUGCAAACAUUUUUGAAAGAAACAGAGGCUGUAUUGAAUUCUCGACCCAUCGUGUACGUCGAAGAAGAUAUAGAUUCGUGCAUAGCAAUCACGCCUAGACAUUUUCUGUCGUUAAACAGAAAUCUUGGUCUUCCAGAAACGGUCAAAAGAAACAAAAGUGACGAAGAAUACUUGCCUUUUGAAAGUUCGGAGAAAGAAAUUUUGAAGUUGUGGAAGAAAGAUCAUAGACUUCUAGAUUCCUUUUGGCAACUGUGGCGUAAUGUGUAUCUCCUGAGUUUGAGAGAAAGAACUCAAUCAAAAUUAAAAUCUGGAAAAGUGCUGUCAGCAGAAAUACCUUUUAUCGGUGAGGUCGUCCUUAUAAAGGAAGAUUUACCCCGCGGAUGUUGGAAAUACGGAAAAAUAAUUGACUUGCCAAAGAGUUUUGACGGAAAAAUUAGAUCAGCAAAAGUGAUGGUGUCGUCAGGUCGAAUCGUUAAUCGACCUUUGAAUUUAUUAUUUCCACUAGAAACUGCACAACAUACAAACAAAACAACAGCAGGCAUUGAAACUCCUACGGGUCAUGAUAAUCUACAGUCAUUAAAUAGCUCCGCAAGAAAAUCGGAGCGAAAUGCCGCAAAAACUGCGAGAGAUAAAAUAAAACAGAUCUUUGACAAUUAA